AUGUUUGCAGAAGGAGAAGAAAUGUAUCUUCAAGGUACAUCCAUUUGGCAUCCAGUUUGUAGACAGGCUGCAAAGGCUGAAGAAAAAAACAAGGAAACAAGGACUUCAUCUGAGAGUAUUAUUUCUGUACCUGCUUCAAGUACAUCAGGUUCCCCAAGCCGAGUGAUCUAUGCAAAGCUUGGAGAUGAAAUUCUUGACUACAGGGAUUUGGCUGCUCUUCCUAAAAAUAAAGCCAUCUAUAACAUUGACCGCCCAGAUAUGAUCUCCUAUUCUCCAUAUAUCAGUUACUCUUCAGAUGACAGGCAUAGUUACGGGGAGUCACCUCAGUUGCUCUCUCCAACACCUACUGAGGGUGACCAGGAUGACAGAUCUUUCAAGCAGUACAGGACGUCAAGUCCUAGCUCUGCUGGCUCGCUGGGCUAUGGUCGCUACACUCCAACCUCCCAUUCUCCUCAGCACUACAGCAGACCAGACACUGGCGUAAAAGAUAACAUCUAUCGGAAACCUCCUAUCUACAAACAGCAUGCAGCAAGAAGAUCAGAAGCGGAGGAUGGAAGCUUGGAUCAGGACAGUAAGAAGCUAAAAACCAGCUGGCUUAUCCUGAAAGGGGAUAUGGACACCAGAACUAAUUCCCCGGACUCAGACACCCGGUCCCUGUCUCUUACUGCUGGAACCGACAGAGAAAACUUCCCGAGGGCACAGGAGGGCACGACUGCCGGCUACUCCCGAUUUCCAUAUUCUAAAUCUGCUUCUCUACCUGGCUAUGGAAAGAAUGGCUUACAUCAGCCUGAAAAUAUGGGCCAAUAUGAAAUGAACCAGGAGGCAAGCUGGGGGAUGAAAGAAUACAAGAUUUAUCCUUAUGAAACACUUAUUGUAACAAACCGAGUUCGUGUGAAAUUGCCUAAGGAUGUGGACAGGACCAGGCUGGAGAGGCAUUUGUCCCCUGAAGAGUUCCAAGAAGUCUUCAAAAUGAGCAUUGAGGAAUUUGAUCGUCUGGCACUUUGGAAGCGGAAUGACCUGAAGAAAAAGGCCCUGCUUUUCUAGCCCCUCCCAGAUAAAAUAUGUGCUUAAUCAAAACAAAAAUUGUCUUGCCAGAACUAUCACAUGCACUUGCUGUUGAACCACUGUCCAGCUUCAUUGUGUUAGUAUGUGUCGGGGGAAACAGGACAGAUUAGAUGGCAACGCAUUGGAAUACAGAGAAUUUGCUAAUCUUGCAUGACCAGAUGGUUUUGUCAGUAACUCCUGGUCCUACCCAGUUUACAAUGUGCAAAAAAUCUAGCUUUAAAUUUAUUGUUGCUUGCAGUUAUUGCUUGAUGCAAAUGGAAAUUAUGAAGGGAAGAGAAAAAGUGUAGCUGUGACAAAGGAAAUGCAUCCAACAUUUUGUUCCAUUAAUUUUUACAACACAAUUUUUACAAAAUCAAGUAAGUAAUGAAUAUAAAAUUCUCCAAUGGGGGAUCACAUGCUAUUGAAAAUAUGGUAAAAGCCAAAGAAAAGCAUGUGUGCAAGCAAUUAUUGCAAUUGUUUAUGUGUGGUACUUUUUAAGAAUGAAAGCAAAAAUAUGGAAGCACCUUAAUUCUACUUCUUGUACUUUAGACACAGCCUACUCUCUAAAAGCUCCUAUUUGUCUAGAAGGUAAUUAGCUAUCUUUAAUUACAACACAAGAGUUUUUAUUUUAUUAAGAAUAUAUUGUGACAUAAAACAGUUAUAAUGACUAAAAUGUAUGCAGACCUACUUAAAAAUUUAGUCCCAUUCAUCAGGAAAACUGAAGCCU